AUGACAUUCGAGCCGAUAAGACCGGCUGCGCCAGUGACCAGGACGUGCAUGACGGUGAGGUGUACCUUGACGAGUCGGCGCCGCAAAGUCCCUGACGCUCUCCGCCAGCGCAUCGAGACCAGCUGUGAUCGUUGCAAGACGCGCAAGCGCCGCUGUAUACGCGCGUCCGAGACGUCCAUAUGCACAUCUUGUCAGGAGGCCGAGACAGAGUGCAGGACCACUUUACCUCGGAAACGCCGCCCGACCGCAUCCCAAUCCAAUGCUCGCUACGCCCUCCUCGACAGCAUUGUCCGCAAGGCCUACCCCGACAAUGACACCGAUAGUCUGGCGGGACUGGCGGCACUGGCGGAGAGACUGGGUGUGGAGGAGGGGAAAGCAGGUUCAGACUUAGGGGAAGGGAGUGAGGCGAUAUGCGGGCCAUUAAUAGAGCCAUCUGAGGUCCCAGAGGGAUGGCUCGUUCCUGCUCCACGAGGCGGUCAUCACUAUGUCGGCUCCUCGUCUCUCGUCUUCUUCGCGCGGUGCGCUCGCGAGAUCAUCGGCAAGUCAAACAUGCUCAAUCAGCCUGCAUUUGACGAGGCGGGUCUACGGCGAUACCUCAAGGCGACCGAGUUCACCACCUACAAGGUCAGCCAUACCAUCGAGGCGAACCUCCAGGGUCAUCCUGCCACCCUUGCUGCCUCUCCCUCGGCCACCAUAGAUGCUGGCGUAUCCCCUCGGGACGGUCUCGGCCGCCAGCGGCUCGAGCGCGCCCUCGCCGACCGACUCGUCGCGGCGUACUUUGACCGCGUACAUGCCAAUCUGCCCAUCCUGCAUCGAGGCGCAUUCCAGGUGAAAUUUGAGGGAGGAUAUCAGCCUGGCAGUAUACCGAAGGAGCCAGGUUGGGCCUGCACGCUACAUAUGGUAUACACGCUCGGGGCACAGGUGCUGGAGGGGGAGAUGGCGGGAGCAAGGGAAUUGCAGGAGGAAUACCUCUCCAGCGUCAUUCGGGACGGUCUCGGUCGGCUCGUCCUUACCUCGACCCUAUCCAACGUCCAGGCGCUUCUCUUACUAUCGCUGUAUCAGCACAAUGCGGGGGAGCGCAACACGGCGUGGAUCCUCGUCGGCCAGGCUAUCCGCACCGGCGUCGCGCUCGGUCUCCACCGGGAUGGGGAGAACAACCACUUUGACCCCUUUGAACGCAAUAUCCGUCGUACCGUCUGGUGGACUCUGCACCUGUUCGAACAACUCCUCUCCCUCGCUCUCGGCCGUCCAUCGUUCACCGACGCAUUCAACGUCAAUGCCGGUAUGCCAGAACCCUCCUUCGAAUCCAGCAUCGGUCUCCCUACCCAUCACUUUGAGAGGCAAGUCUCGCUCUCGCGCGUCAUCGUCCGGAUCAAACAGGCCGUCGCGGUGGUAUCGGUUCACUACGAGGACCCGGUCCGCUUGCUCGAGUGGUAUCCAGCCGUCAUGGCCAUACACAGCCAAAUCGAGGCAUGGCGCAUGGUCCACCAGCCGGAAUUGACAAGCGGUCAACCCUUCCUUCCCCUCCGGCAAUCCACCCUUCUCCUCGUCUGGGCAGACUAUCUCGAGUCUGUCCUCUGCCGGCCCUUCCUGCUUUGCCGGGUCAAUCAAGACAUCAAGCAUAGCGGGAGGCCGGAGCAGAUAGACGAGGUAGCUGGACUGUGCCUCGCGGCAGCGCAGGCAUCGGUGGAGAAGCUCCUUGUCCUCGCAAAUAAUGGCAUGCUUGAAGGGUCGGUCUGGCUUGACUUCUACGCCAUACAGCACGCCAUCAUGGUAUCCUCUCUACACGCGCUAGGGCAACCUGAUCAUGCUACCACCGCCGCCCUGCGGGAUCCCACAUCCCAACUCAUAUCCUUUGCGCAACAAACCCGUCUCGCUCCGACAUACCGCAUCACCAUGAACGUCGCCUUGCAAUUGGCAUUCAUUAGCGGCAUUGCGAACGACCUUCGCGUCAGUACUCGACACCACUCCCCUUCUGCACAACCCUCGGAACUCCCUGCCCAGCCCCAUCCCAACCCCACCCUCACCGAUAUCGAACAACUCUUCGGCCAGCUUCCCCCAGAUGGCCAGCGGCAACCUGACAUCUUCUCUGAUAUGUUCAGUAUGGGGUAUGCGCCGGAUGAAGGGAAUCAGUGGGACUUUUUCACGUUUGGGGAUAUCGCGCACGGAGCGUUGGGGGGGCAAUGA